AAUUUUCCGAUCUUUAUCUAUGGAACUUUCUGUCAAACUUCGUUUUCAUAACCUCGCAUGUUACCCUUAUUUCAAAACUUCGAAUUUUGUUUAAAUUAGCCCUUUUUAAUGAAAAAUGGAAUUGGAAACUGAAGCCCUGUCCGACCUGUGUGGUCUGCCAAGCGAACCACCAGAAAUGCGCAGCCUUUGCCCCAACUGUGAGCGCCCCAUGAUGGUAUGCUACUGUAGUUCACUGCCUAACCCCGCCCUGUGCCCUAAAAGUAGAAUAAUCCUGCUGCAGCACCCUGCCGAGGAAAAACGAUGUCUUCGAACUGCCCCCAUGUUGCAAUUGGGGCUCUCACCAGGCAAGUGCCUUAUUUUUAAAGGAAAACGAUUUCCCGGACUUCACGAAGACUUAGCUGCUAUAUUGACGGACAGUAACACACUCCUACUUUACCCUAGUUCAAGUGCGGUGGAUAUAAGCACAGUAAUUAGCCAGGAAGUGUCUGCAAGUGGCUACAAUAUAGUUAUUAUUGACGGCACCUGGCCUCAAGCUAAAGCCAUUUACACAAGCAGUACAAUCCUGCAUGGUCUGAAGCAAGUGAAGCUUCUAAACAGCAGCAACAGUGAUUAUAUUAUAAGGACGCAGCCUGCAGAUGGUUGCCUCAGCACAUUAGAGACUGCAGCUCAGUGUUUGGCAACUUUAGAAGGUGAUAGUUUGAUUAAAGACAAGCUCCUCAAGCCCCUAAAGGUCAUGUGCGAGUAUCAGUUGCAAAAUGGUGCCGUGUCACAUCAAAGUAAGGAAUUUUUAAUAAAAAACAACUCCUAUCCAAAGCUAAUUGGCAAAAGACUAAAUAAGGUUCUUAGAGACGCCGAUAGACUGAAAAAUUAAUUGUAAUUAACAAACUGAUUGAUUCAACAAUACUGAGCAAACUUUUACAGAGUUGUAUUUACACUGAUAAUUAUAAGAUAUGUUGAAAAAUA